AUGAAUCUCCAGCGUUCAGGUGAAGAUGUACAAGGCAUGUGCACAACCCAACUCGUGGCCGAAGUGCCACUGCAGAGACUGCAUAUGGUCUUUUGUUUGCGCGGCAUGUUGUUUGCAGAACUGGAAAUCUUGGCGCCUGCAGUCUACGUGAGUAGACCGAAAGCAAAUCCACGUGCCUCAACCCGAAGCGCACAUGUUUGGACCAGAAAACGCGGCCAAACAAAGAACCCACGCAGCAUGUGCUUGAGGGUUGUGGGAAUGAAGACAAUUGGCUUUGAAAGUAGGGCGCACAUGCAGGCACAGCUUACUUAG